CCGGCCGGCGCUCGCACUGCAGCCCGGCGCUCAGCCCCAGCACAGACCCGCCUCCCGCAGCCCGCCCGCCCGCCCCGUCCCUUCCUCCGCCUGGGUCCUGCCUGUGUGUGUGGACUCCUAGCCCGCCGCCACCAUGGAGGCCAUCAAGAAGAAGAUGCAGAUGCUGAAGCUCGACAAGGAGAACGCCCUGGACCGAGCCGAGCAAGCCGAAGCGGAUAAGAAGGCGGCGGAGGACAGGAGCAAGCAGCUGGAGGACGAGUUGGUGGCUCUGCAAAAGAAGCUGAAGGGCACUGAGGAUGAGCUGGACAAAUACUCCGAGUCCCUGAAAGAUGCCCAGGAAAAGCUGGAAGUGGCUGAGAAAAAGGCCGCAGACGCUGAGAGCGAUGUAGCUUCUCUGAACAGACGUAUCCAGCUGGUUGAGGAAGAGUUGGAUCGUGCUCAGGAGCGUUUGGCAACUGCUCUGCAGAAGCUGGAGGAGGCUGAGAAGGCAGCAGAUGAGAGUGAAAGAGGAAUGAAGGUCAUAGAGAACAGAGCCCAGAAGGAUGAGGAGAAAAUGGAAAUCCAGGAGAUCCAGCUUAAAGAGGCCAAGCACAUUGCUGAGGAGGCUGACCGCAAGUAUGAAGAGGUGGCUCGUAAGCUGGUGAUCAUUGAGAGCGAUCUGGAGCGUGCUGAGGAACGUGCUGAACUCUCAGAAGGCAAAUGUGCUGAGCUUGAAGAGGAGUUGAAAACUGUGACCAACAACCUGAAGUCGCUGGAGGCUCAGGCUGAGAAGUACUCACAAAAGGAAGACAAAUAUGAAGAGGAGAUUAAGAUCCUGACUGACAAACUGAAGGAGGCUGAGACCCGUGCUGAAUUUGCUGAGAGGUCAGUAACCAAGCUGGAGAAGAGCAUCGACGACUUAGAAGAUGAGUUAUAUUCUCAGAAACUGAAGUACAAAGCAAUCAGCGAGGAGCUGGACCACGCUCUCAAUGAUAUGACUUCCAUAUAAAUUUCUUUGCUUCACCUCUCCAAAGAUAUCUUCAUCAAGCUGGAUAAACCACCUUUCCAAGCUCUUGGAUGUUUCAUGGAUUCAUUGUCCUGUCCUCCAGCUUAUUCUUUCCUUUUAGCAUCCUGGCUCAGGACAUUGCUCUCUUCAUGCCUUCUAUUGUACAGAAACUCUACUUCUUUCAAUGUAAAAUAAACAUCCCACUGUGUAAGAUGUAUCCCUUUUGCUAUUCCUUUGCCUUUUAUUUAUUUACAUGAUCAUUUCAACUAUUAAUCAUAUUAAAAAUCUGCCUUUUUUGCCAUUAAGGAAUUAUUUUUGAUUUUUUCUUUGUUUUUCUGCUGCCCUUUCCUCCCCCUUCUGACUGACCCCAGCAAACAUCUUGCCAAAAUAUCAACAAUGCAGAAUUUCAAAAUGAAAAAUACAGUCUAUGGCAUGAUAAUGCUACUCUUGGCUAUCUUAAAUUGGUCGCUUUUGGAACGCGAUCCUCUUUUUCUCUCAAAUUAAAAUUCAGAUGAAAAGACUUUUUCCUUAGAGUUUAGUGGUUUUUUAGAGUCUUAUUGUUGGGCCAAAAUCUGCAAGGACACAGCUCCCUCUGGGGUCAUUCGGUCGUGGGAACAUAGCUGAGAGUCCAGUUUGGCCUUUAAGCGUUUGACAGUUGUGUUUUUCUAGAGUCCAAAAUUUCCUACUAGCUUGAAGUCUUGAUGUGGAAGACUUCCUGCAUUAUAUAAGUUUGUUGUUUAACGUCUAGUAAAAGAACUUUUAAAGGGGUAGCAUGAGGUGAAAAAUCCUAUGGUUUUUUUUUUUUUCUUUUCAAAAUAAGAUAACCAAAUGUCCCUAUCUGUGUUCAUUAACAACAUGGGUUAUAGAAUUUUAAAAAUUGAUUGAUCUAUCACCAUAGAUAGGUACUGUUAGUUUGCUUUUUACAUUUCACUGGGGAGAUGAAAUUCAAUAGUUUCACUUUCAUUCUUAGUCAGUUUCACAGACUGUGCUAGCACAAAGCUGCAAGUUCAAGUUGCAGAAACUUCAGGGGAAUGUUUUAAAUCUGAACCAAAAAAAAUUGUAUCAUUGUCAUGUAUAAUUAAAAUCUUUCCAUUGAUCUCAGGUUUUGUAAAAUUUUGUCUGACAAAACCAAAAUGAUGGGUUCAGAUUGACCUGACAGUGUUCCUUUUAAAUACAAACCACUAAAUACUGAGGUUUCUUGCUCUCCUACUGUAAUGUACAACUAAGCCUUAAUGCUGCUUCAGGAGGACUUAUGUUCAUUGUAACUAUUUUAACUUCAUUUCCUUCACAAUGGAAAAAGUCCUUUUUUUAAUAGCUUUACAUUAAAGUGAAUAUCAAUUGAAACUGAACUGACUACUAAUUAUUGCUUUCAUUUGAUUUUGUUGCUAAAGUUCUAAUGCUCAAAACGUUUAUAAGCUCUGGCCUUGAGCUUGAAUUUGAGGGUGGUCCAUUUUAAAGUUGUAGAACAGUAACUUUUUAAUUUGGCUAUGUCUCAUUCCAGUUUGAAAGGUACCAUCAAGUAACCUGAUGUAGAGCUUUUCCAUUUAUAUUUUUAAAACCUGCCAUUAGUUGCAAUUCUCCAUGAGGCUUGAAAAUACUUCCUUCAUCCCUCCCUGCUGUUUCUUCUCAUUUAGUAAUUGUUCUUUACUCCCUUCAUUUUUUGAAUACAGUUGGGAAUUACCUCUUCCCCUUUUCUUUAAUAACUUCGGCUCAUGUCAUCUUGUCAGCUCAGUAUAUUUGUUUGUUCACCCAUGUUACUGCUUAUUAGAAAAAGUUCUGGAACCAGCUGUGGAGGGAACACAAUGGGUUUAUUUAUUUAUUUAUUGUAACUUCAGUAGAGUCUAACCAGAUAGUUGCUGUGAUUGUGAAGACUGUCCAGAUUAUAAACACAUUUAUUUUUAAAUUUGACUAUGGCCUUGCCAAUGGUUUUUCUUUCUUUUCUUUUUCUAAUUUAAAUCCACUAGUUAUUAAGGUUAAAAGCCCCUAUUUGGCUUUUUCCCCUUUUAUGUAUACAUUUAAAAGUUAGUGAAUUAAGCACAAGAUCAGCAUUUCCAAGUGUGGCUAGUUAUUUUAAGACUAGUCUCAAUUUGGACACACAGAAAGAUUGGGAAUCCUUACUUCAAUGAUUUAUAUAACUUUAGGUUUGACUGACACAGGUAAACAUUCAGAUUUUAAUUCAAAUUGUAACACAGUAUUGUUUCUAUAACCACUAAAUGCAUUUUGGCAUUCAAAAUGGAAGCUUAGCUACAUCUAGGUUUGGAUACAGUUUCCAAGUGUAUGUUAAUAUAAAACAUUGAUGUGGGAAAAGAGAAGGUAAAAGAACGAAAUUGAGGCAGUCUGGUAGUGGUUUUCUGGUAUAUCCUCUGAUCUUACUCUCCUGGUCAGUGGAGCCUGGGUUCUCAGGAGUAGCAGUUGGUGUUUGCCUCUCAUUACACAAGUGCGUCCUACAAACUAAUUCAUGGCAAGGUCUUGCCAUCUUUGUGAGGUGCUGGCCACCUAUCUUCCAGGGGAAAAGUACUGCAGUUGCAGCUAUCAAGAAGGGUAAAAGAAGCAAAAUGGAUGGUUCCCCACAAUUGAAUAAGUUGUGGAGUAAGGAUGUUCAGAAAUCCGUGUAGACCUGUCUCAGAAUUCACAGCCAGGCUAUCAAGAAAAAUACACUAAAAAAUGAAAGGGAAACUGAAUGCAACUUCAUAGAAUAGUCCUUUCCAGAUUUAGUGUCUAAAUACUGUAGAGUUUUGUCCAGUCUUGAAAACGAACUCUGUUGACGGUCCUUUAGUAGCGUACAAGAAGCACAUUCAGCUGUGAAUUUGCAUGCUAUCAUUUCAUCUAUAACAUGAAAGGUGUCUUUUGUGAAAGCUAUCAAAGGGGCACUUGAGAGUUUUUUUAUUCCAGUUUAAAGACCUCAAAAUCUCCUUAUUUCAAUAGCUGAGAAAUACACGUUCUCUUCCUAAAGUACCAUUUCAACUACCAAAUUGCACGAUAAAGAGAACAUGCAGUGAAGCAUGUGGAUCUUGAGCAAAUUCCUGUUGAACUCAAUGGUGUAAAACUCCAAAUGGGAGACUCAGUGGAAAAGCUCCAGUGAUUUCAGUGUGACUCGGAUUGAGCCAAGAAAUAGUGUGCUGUUGACUAAGGCAUUUCUGCUGCAGUGAAGGCUGAUUAUACUAUUGCUUUUAGUUAGCUAGUAUUGAAUACAAUUCUGCCACCCCUUCUACAUCUGCAAGGAGUCCUGGCAUUCAUAAAACAAGUAAACCCUAUGUACAUUGCUCAUGUAUGUGAAUUCAAGCAAGGAAGUUUGUUUCACGUGGCUUCACUGAGAAUACUGUAGCAAUUGUCCCAUUUUUCUUCUUGUUUUCCUGACUCACAAGCCUACUCCACAAAAGGGGUCUUAGAGAAAUCCUGUAUAGAUUGUAAACUGUUUCUUGAGCUUUGGAGUAGGUAUUUAGUCAUCAGAGAGCUAGAAUAUAAAGGGAUCCCUAAGGUAAAGAUUUUCUCUCAAUGUGUAACUAGUUGCUGAACUGUCUGUGGUGUGACUAGUUUCUUUAUUAACUCUUGCUCUCCUGUUUCUCUUCUAAUCUUUGUUCAUUCUGCCUCUCUUUUUCUUCUAACCUGCUUGCUGACUGUACAGACCAACUCUACCAGCAACUUGAGCAAAACAGUCGCCUAACUAAUGAACUAAAGCUAGCAUUGAAUGAGGAUUAAACUUUAGUGUGAAUAAACUUAGUUGUGUCUAAACAUACUUACUCUGAAGUUCCUCAAGAAUGAAUGAGUCAAGGUAGAAAUAUGCAAGAAACCUAUAAAUUGAUUUCCAACAUAUUAUAACUGCUGUAAAUUAAUGGAUGAAAUUCUCAGUUCACUCUUGGGGAAAGAAGUGCAAGUGGAAGAAGUAACGCUUUUGAUAAGGCUCCCGUAGUAUCUUGGAGCAGCCACAAAUUCUUUCUUUGCCUGUGUAAUAGUGUCUUUCCACUUCAGUACCAGUUACAGUAGGUAGCUGAUGUUAUUUUAAAAACAAGCCCCCCUCUUUGUAGAGAGAUCAUAAUCCUUUUUAGCUGAUGUCACAAAUUGGAGUUUUAUUGAUAAAUAGAGGAAGAAAAAUAUUAACCAAGAUUCAGGUUUCAAAACCAAAAUAAAAUAUAUUCCCAGCUGUUUUGUAUCUGGAAUUUAAUGCUGCACUGUUUUGAAUUACAAUAAAAUUGGCUUGUAUUUGAAUAAAAGCAGUCCUGAAAUAGGAACCCCUUUUGGAAAUACCUGGUCAGUUUAGAGGUAUGCUUGCAUCAGAAUAAAGUCGGUUUUACUGGAUUCUGGUAGCAUGUAGCUCCAGAACAUUGUGCUCACAUACUAUGUCACGUAAGAGUGUUAAAUGACUGUUCUAUUAAAAAAAAAAAAGUGUGCAUGCAACAUAAAACUACUAACUGCCAAUAAAACUGUUGUUAUUUUAUUUAGCAGCUAAUAUAACUUGUUAAUUUCAGUUUUUGGUUCUUUUGUUCUCAUUCUCUGCAAGUUAUGAAUUAUAAUGUGACUUCAAAAGUGUGGCACUGCCUAGAAUACAGAUUAGCAAAGUCUGUCAUUUAUUAGCGUGUUCAUUAAAAAAAAAUUAAACCUCCCCAUUUCCACAGCACAUGGCUUCUGGAAUUUACAAAAAUCUAGUCUAUUUUUGGCAAUGUGUUGUUUUUAACAUACAUAGCUGCAGAACAGUUCAAAACUUGCAUCACUUGCAGUUCAUUUUGUUAGUUGGACCGUUCCCUUGCUGUCUUGGCUGGGAACAUUGGUAUUUAUGAGCAUGUACAUUUCUUAUCAUAAUAAACCCCUCCAUUAUAAGUGAUGAUUGCAUGCUUUCAUGUAAAGAAAAUUGAUGUGUCCAAAGAGCUGCUAUUCACAUUUUGAUUUUCUAAUCCCAUAACAGAGAAAGUGGCGCAUGCCAAAGAAGAAAACCUUAGUAUGCAUGAGAUGCUGGAUCAAACUUUACUGGAGUUAAACAACAUGUGAAAACCUCCUUAGCUGCAACCACAUAUAUAUUUCUUUGUUUUUACACCUGCUUGCCAUGAAACCCCUUAAACAUGUUUUUAUUUUAGUUUCACCACAGUCACAGGAACAUCUGCUAAAUACUAGGCAGGGGUCAGGGAAACACCAAAAUGGGCAAGCCAUAUGCAGGUUGAACUAUUAUGGUUUCAAUGUGCCAUUUCCCAAUAUAAUGUUGCCUACACUUUGUAGAGAGUUCAGCAACACCAGUAUGCUUAGUCUGUCCAGGCAUCUUUGAUGUGUCAGAAAGAAUACCACCUCAAGUGCCAGCUAUAUAACAAGACAGUUAAUGUUGGAGAGACAAAUCAGGUGUGGACUGGUGCUACUUUGAAUAAAAGGUACAGCUGUGGUCUUUUGUUUGAUAUUGUACAAAUCAGAAGUUAGUCCAUCAUGGUAAUUUAUUUUAUCUGCGUUUUAUUGAGCUGUGCUAAUUCAAUAAAACCAAGGAUUUGUAAACCACAUACAAUAUUUAAGACUUUUUGGUUUUUAACUUGUAUACCUGCAGCUCAUUACAAAUGUGUAGGUCAGCAUUUCAACUUGAGUAUCCAUUCCAUUGUAUUUUUCAUGUUGAAAUGAAAGAUUAAGUAAAUUCUGGAGAAAACAUACAUUUGGGAGAUUGUUUUAAAAUGUAUUUUAUUUGUGUGGAAUUGGGGGGAAUUUAUAAAUUGGUAUUUGCCUCACUUUAUUUUACACACAUACUGAGCAAUUUUAAAAGUAUACCUGUAUGUAAACGUUGUGUAAUGAUAUGAAAUAAAACGCACAUUUUAGGACAUUUUUUAAAA